CUAUAAAAUAUUAACAUAUGGCAAAACCUAAAAGUAGAUAAAAAAUGAGCAGUUUUCCUGAGCAUUGAGGAAAAAGCUAAAAUGGAAAUCUUGCCACUGAAGCUAUUUUUGUUUUUCUUAAGAAUUUAAUUAUGAUGUAUAUACUAAGUACUCUAAUGUGUUAACAGUUCUAACCGUUGCCAAGAUACAACAGUUCUGUUUUGUCUUGUCUGUCUUAUUCCUUUGCCAUACUAUACCUUCCUCUAGAAGAGAAAAAAAAAAUUGACUUAAAAAAAAAAUCAACAUUUUAAAAGUCAAUUCAAUAACUCUGUUCUCUAAGUUAUAUUAACCAAUGCUCAAUCCCUGGAAAAUUGUGUUUUUAUAGUUUAAAAUAAAAAGUGUCAUAAGAAGCACUUAAUUUACAAUAACUGAGAAUUCUAAGAAAAGCCAUGGAUUCGGAUUCACAGUAUACUCCUGGAAAGAUAAGUAUCUCUGAAAGAUUCAUCCGUUCAGGGAAAAAGGCUGUUGAGAAUAUAGAUUACCCACACUACUGGAAUCUCUUAAGAAAAAUAAACAUGCCUUUUGUGAAAGGUGUUGAAGAUAGACAUAACUAUUGCAGAAUUGAAAAGAAAUGCAACCCUGUGUUUCUUAAAUUUCACCCUUAUCCCUCUUCAGACCUACCAGACUAUCAUUUACACUAUCCUUAUCCCCCACCAUAUGGGCCACAUUACCCAUUAUUUCCACUUCGAGAUGAUGUGCCCUUAGGUGAUGUCUGUUCUGGGUUUAUGAGUCCUGGCGGUGAUGCUGAUUUAAAGCCUGGUUUUGGCAGAACCAUACCAAACCUGGUAGAUUUCAGUGAUGUGAAACCUCAACAUCGAGUUCCCAGACCAGACUCAGGAUUUCAGGCAACACUAAAAAGGCAAAAAAAUAUAUUAGAAGAACUAAAACAGGACAGGAGAUGGAAUUCCAGAGCAACACCAGAUAUUUCCAUCAGAGCAAGACUUGGAGGUAAGAGAACAAAGUCAUCUUCAUUGAAUUACAGUGUGAACAGGCCCCAUCAUGUUGCAUAUGGCAGAAUCUGCUUCUUGAAGGAUGAUGAGGAACCAGAUAAACAGUCAAGCAAGAGAUAUAAUGCAAAAGAUUCAUUUUACAAGUCCUCUACACAAAAAGCUUAUGAGGUUGUUCCAUGGGACAAGAUGCUACCACCAAAACUCAAUCCAGAAGAAACAACAUUGGAAAAAGCUGCUGACCUUAUCUCACAAUGUUUUACACAAAAAAGAUAUGAAAGCAAACCAGCAAUAACACAGAUGGUUGGUGGACUCUGGGAUCGAUUUCAAACAAGACCUUUGUUGGCAUCAGUAAAACCAACUACUUUUGUGAGCCCAUGUUCUAGAAGCAAAUAUAUUCCACUCUAUACCGGAUGUGUACAAUCUGCAAAUGAUGAUGAUAUUGACAACCCUUUUGGAGACAUCACAUCUCUAGCCAAACCUCGGAGCUCCAGAGCAAUUUAUACAAAUACAAGUCGAACUGCAAAUAUUCCAGGAUAUACUGGUAAGGUUCAUUUCACAGCCACUCACCCAGCAAAUUCUGAUAUUCCAGCAGCAACCCCAUCUUCAGAUUCAGAAGUGCACCACAUCCUACGGAAAGAAAUGGAAUUUGACCUCUUUCAUCGUCAGGCACCGCUGUCUCGAAUGGUCACAACUGUCGGACCCUACAAUCCCUUCAAUAAGAAGGAAAAAGAAACUGUAGUCUACUGAAAAAGAACUUCAGUCUCUAGGAAGGCAUUAUGGAGAGUACAAUGGGGAAAUAAAAGGUUUGGGCAUUUUUGA